AUGUCGUCAAUCCCUCCAACAACUCAACCUCAACCUUCAAAUGCCCCCCCACCUCCAGGUACAACCAAAACAGUGGGCAACUAUUCAAUUAACCAAGAAAUUGGUCGUGGAUCCUUUGCAACCGUCUAUAAAUCCUUUAACAUUGAAACCCAUCAUGCUGUGGCCAUAAAAGCCGUAGUACGGUCGAAAUUGAAAUCCAAGAAAUUGAUGGAAAACUUGGAAAUCGAAAUCUCCAUACUUAAAAAUAUGAAACAUCCGCAUAUUGUUGGAUUAUUGGAUUAUUAUCAAACUGCAAAUCAUUUUUAUUUGGUUAUGGAUUAUUGCUCAAUGGGAGAUUUGUCUUAUUUUAUUCGUAAAAAGGAUCAAUUGGCUCAAUCUCAUCCAGUGAUUCAAUCACUUUUGGUAAGAUAUCCUUCUCCUUCGAAUUCUCAUGGAUUAAAUCAAACUUUGGUGAUUCAUUUCCUUAAACAAUUAAGCUCCGCUUUGGAAUUCUUAAGAAGCAAAUCUUUAGUCCAUCGUGAUAUCAAGCCUCAAAACUUGUUAUUAUGUCCACCAAUACAUCUGCAAACUGAAUUUGAAAAAUCAGGCUUUGUGGGGUUAUGGGAAUUACCAAUACUUAAAAUUGCGGAUUUUGGAUUUGCAAGGUUUUUACCGUCAACUUCAAUGGCUGAAACUCUUUGUGGAUCUCCACUUUAUAUGGCUCCAGAAAUCUUACGUUAUGAAAAAUAUAAUGCUAAGGCAGAUCUAUGGUCCGUAGGAGCAGUUUUGUUUCAAAUGACAGUUGGGAGACCCCCCUUUAAAGCUGUAAAUCAUAUGGAGUUAUUGAAAAAUAUUGAAAGAUCAAAUGAUAAGAUUAAAUUUCCAUCACUGGCUCAAGUUCCAGAUUCCUUAAAGAAUUUAAUUCGUGCAUUAUUAAAGUGCAACCCAACUGAAAGAAUUUCAUUCAAUGAAUUCUUUUCUGAUCCUUUAAUAACGUCUCCCUUGGAAGGAAACAAUAAACCUCUAGAUGCUUCAGAAGUUGAUGAAAACUUAUACAUUAGUGAAUAUAUUUCUCCAAUGUCGCAUGGUUCUUCAGGAGCAAAUAAUAAUAAGAAUUAUAUUACUCCUAUUCCAAUCAAUGAAAAUGACGAAUUGAAGAUUCGGGAUGAAGAAAUUAAAGAGAUUAUCAAUAAUAAUUCCCCCAGUCCAGACAACAUGGCUUAUUCGAUACAAAAGUAUCAAACCCGUAAACAAAUAGGCGGUAGUAAAGGCGGUGGGGAAGUAUCUAUUAGGAACAAGGAUGACAUUAUAUUGGAGAAGGAUUAUGUUGUUGUUGAGAAACGUGCUGUUGAAGUUAAUGCUAUUGCAGAUGAAUUGGCUCAUGCUGGAAGUGGAGCACUUGCUAUAGUUCCAUCUCGUAGGAAAUCAAGUACAGAUUCCACAGGUAGUAUGAUAUCCAAUUCACAUGCUGGAAUCAUGACUAAUUUAGAUAGACAGAGAAAGUUGAGAUCAUCUUCAGAAUCCAAAAGACGACCAAGUUUUGCUGAUAGAAGGAUUUCUAUCUCAAUUAGCCCAACAACAGCAUUGAACAGAGCAAUAGGCUUGGCUUCAAACCGUCUUUUUGGUACCAACAACAACAAUAACAAUAAUAAUAGUUCCAAAGUCAACAACAAUAAUACUACUUCGUUUCAAACUGAGACUGAAGUUAAGAAUGAUGAAGUAUCUUCUUCUUCUAGUGCUAUUGGUGGUAAUGCUUAUUAUACGGUGAUAUCGUCACCUACAUUUGCCAAUAACUUAUUAUUGCAAAGACUCAACUUACCCAAUUCAUUGGUUGUAUCGUCUUCUGAGCAACAAUCACUUGUUCAAUUGAAUAAUAAUAGUCAAGGGUUAAAUGCUAAUGGAACACCAUUAACAAAGGAUGAGAUGGUGUUGAAUAAGUUGGAGACAAUCGCUACGAUGUCUCAUGCCAUUAACUUGUUUGCAGAUGUCAAGUUCUCUCAAUUGAUCCCAAUCCCACCAUCUAUUGGAGAUGGUUUAGAUGAUGACUUAUUACAUCAGAAUGAUACGCUUCCUCCAAGAAUCAUCAAGAAUAUUGCUGAGGAGGGGGUGGUUUUGUAUGUCAAGACAUUGUCUAUUCUUGCCAAAGGCAUGACAAUAGCCAGUGAUUGGUGGUAUGAACAACAAGACGAUACCAGUAGUGGAACAAUUGUUGAAGGAAUGAAACAUACCAGUCUUGUACUGUCGUCUGGAUCUGAACAACAACGUGAUCUUGUAGUUCAAAUGAAGAUCAAUUCGCUAGUUCAAUGGAUCAGAGAGAAGUUCAAUGAUGCCUUGGGGAAAGCUGAUUUUAUUAGACUUCGUCUUGAAGAGGCUAAUCUGACUUUAAGUAAAGAGCAAAGGGAUGGAGGUGGCAUUGUUCCAGGAUUAUUUGAUGAAGAAUCCCCCAAGGGAGAGCUUGAAGAAGAAGCUACCGAAGGCAGUGUUGGUGGUAGUAGUACUACACCUUCUAACCGAGCAGUGGCUGAGAAACUAAUAUUUGAUCGGGCUUUAGAAAUGUCUAGAAACGCAGCUGUUAAUGAAUUAGUCAAAGAAGACUUGAAAGGUUGUGAAUUGGCUUAUUCCACGGCCAUUUGGAUGUUGGAAUCCAUAUUGGAUGACGAAGACCAAGAAGAAAAGCUUGAUGAUCAAGAUAGAGCCAUGAUUGAAAAGUUUAUUGUUAGCAUUGGCAACAGAUUAGCGGUGUUAAAGAAGAAGUUGGAAUUAAUGUGA